GCACCACCAAACAAACAUCUAAGCGCCUUCCUCGAUACAGAAACUCGCUCGAGAUACAAAACCGAUUUCAACUACAAGACGAGCACUCGUGACACCCCCCCUAAAAUAAUCGAUUUAUCCGGCUCUCAAGCGCGAAAAAGCCACCGACACCAUGCUCUUUUUUAGCUUUUUCAAGACACUCAUCGACCAUGAGGUCACUGUAGAGCUCAAGAACGACAUUCAGCUAAAGGGAAUUCUCAAGAGUGUGGAUCAGUACCUCAACAUCAAGCUCGAUGACAUUCAGGUUGUUGAGGAGCUCAAGUACCCUCAUCUUAGCUCUGUCAAGAACGUCUUUAUCCGAGGCUCAGUUGUGAGAUACGUUCAUCUUCCCGGCGCGUCAGUUGACACACAGCUGCUGGAGGAUGCUACACGGAGGGAAGCGGCAGCUCAGCAAGCCAAGGCGAAAUGAGCGGUUCAAGGCGAUGGAUGAGAGGCAGGAUAAACCAUGUCGGAGUUGACUCUUACUAAAUGGAGAGAAUGAUAAUUGCAUCGAAACCGGGAUGAUCACAAGGGAGAAUUCAUGAGGCGUUUGCUCCUGAUGUGGAUAAUGAAAUACUCUUCUUUUCCCUUUUAAACAUCAUACAGAACCGAGGGUCAUGAAACGAUUGACGUUGAUGUGUCAACAUGGUAUCUAAAAAUUACAGGUCAUCAGAUGGAACUCCCGCUCAAGAGGAUACUAUACAAAUCGCUCCACAUCAUAAUUGAUCACCAAAAAGCUCCGCCGAUUUUACCAGGUUUACCAUCCCAGAGUUCCUUCUCCGACACCUUAUCAUCGUCGUCACCUUCAAUGAGUGGCAUCACCAAUCCAGCCCGCC